UUUUGUGUGCCAAUUGUCAAACCAAAAAUAAACAGUCAACGUUUUUUCGUAAAGUUAUAUUUUAAUCGUAAUUUAACUGAAUUUCAAUUUUUCUCUAUAAGUUAAUUAUUUACCCAAAUUAAAAUGCCUUGGGGGUGGGAAUGCCGAGCAAAACACAUUAAACAACUACCAUCGAAGCCUACAGAGCGUCGCCGAACAAGUCACUCAACUAAAUCUCCCGCACCUAAUCACUAUGAAUUACCUCAGAUAUUCUGCGGUAAAGGUUUCUCGAAAGUAAAACGUGCACCAGCCUUUACAUUUGGUCACUUAACAAAAUCUAAUCUGGCCAAACCAGUCACCACACCGUACGCCCCAAUGUUCGACAUUCAAGGACUUGGGAGACAAGGUCCAUACAAAAUAACACAUAGCGUUGUUUCGCCACAAGUCGCACCCGUAGAGGAUCGAGUAAAAAUACCAGGCCCGGGCAGUUAUGCCCCAAAAUUUUCGAUCCAAUACAAACGACCACCUGCGUACAGCUUACGAGCACCGGCGAGACCCCAGUACGAACCCUGGGAUCAGUGGACGCCGCCACCGAAUAUGUACUGUCCUCCUAUACCUUACAAAAAAUCUCCGGCGUACUCGCUUGGUUACACCGCGAAAGACUGUAAAACGCAAAAUUUGCCCGGACCGGGAGAACACGAUCCUAAGUUCGACUACGUAAAAAGGAACAAACCCGCAUACUCAUUUGGAGCGCCGUUCAAGUCUCUCGUACCACCGAAGACUCCAACACCGAACACCUACUGCGAGAAAAAGUUUAUGGUGAAUAAGCCAAAUAUACCUGCCCCGUCGUUUGGAAUACGUCAUAGUCCUUUUCUGGGUCAACAAGAAACUUACUUGAAAUCGUCCAAACUAGAUCUACAAACUGUAACAUUUUAAUGCAUUAAUUAGACAUUAGUGAAGUUAUUUGUAGACAAUAUUCCAAUAUACGAUUUACCACCUUAUUCAUUUA